AUGAGGUUUUUCGACACUACUUGCAAAUUUCAGUACGACUGGGAGCAUGUCACAAAGGCCAACUGGAACAAAUACCCGAACGAGCUCACUACUCAUGUCGAGGCCGUAGACAUCCUCCGCCGUGAAGUUGACCCCAAAACCGGCGUUCUCCGCACAGAGCGUCUCAUUACCUGCCGCCAGGCCGCUCCGCGAUGGCUCCAGGCGGUUCUAGGCGGCCAAAGCGUGUCGUACGUUCGCGAGGUCAGCGAAGUCGACCCCAAAAACAAAGUUCUCGUUAUGAGAUCGCAAAAUUUGACGUUCAGCAACAUCCUGUCCGUCUACGAGACCGUCACCUAUCGCCCCGAUCCCACCAACUCCGGGGUGACUCUUUUCCACCAGCAUGCCGAGUUCGAGGCUUAUCUCGCGUGGCGGAAACUCUGCCACAAGGUCGAGGACUUUAGUGUCGACCGGUUUGUCCAGAAUGCCUCUCUAGGCCGCAAAGCAUUCGAGUCCGUCUGUGACCAAUUCAAACAGGUCUCUCACCAGUUGGCAUGA